CCGCCUCUUCCCGCCAGUCCUCAUCCCCUUCCCCGCUCCGGGGCUUGGAGACCCGGUGCCGCCGCCCGCCGCCCACCGCGUCCCCGGAUGACGCGCCCUGGCUGCCGUCCCACGGCCUCGGUUUGCUCACACGCGCGGCGAAGCGGGGGGGCAGCGUGCGUGCGGCUCCCCAGGGGGCCCUGGGCCUCGCUCGCACCCGUCUGCCCAGAGGCCGGCAGCGAGGGGGUUCUUGUUCGGCCCUCCGGGCUGGCUGCUUCUCCCGCCCCAGCAGGGGAGUCGGGCGGGCGUGGGGACAUGCCUGAGACUGCACGUCCUUGUUCUCUAGUCCUCUCCCUUCCCUCGGGACACAAAUAAUACCUGCUCUGCUGUCCCCGUGCCUGACCUCGUCCCCCACCGCAGGCACGGGCCCGGGAGCAUCUGUUCCGGGGAGACCGGGAACGUGCGAACCUGUACCCAGUGUGGGGUCCCUGCGGGGCUGAUGCUGCAGGGCCAGGCGGGUCUGGGGCGGACAGAGGUGCCAAGAGAUGUAGCUGAGUCUGGAUGGGGGGCCCGUGGAGACCCCUGCCCGCUACGGGGAGCUAGCAGGCCGCCCCUGCCGCUUCCCUGGCCUUGAAAUCCCGCAGCCCCCACCUCAUGCAUUUGGGGUGGGGGCCUGCGCUGUGCUCUCUGCAGGCCGUUGUCCACACCCCCACUUAUGGGGGGGUGCAGAUGAAGCCCGGAAGCAGGGGAGGUCACCCCGUUUGUGGCCUCAUGAGCGGCGAGCCCCAGGCCUCCUCAGAUACGGCCGAUGGGUCUGAGGAGGGAAGGGUACCUUCACCUGGCCGGAGGACGCAGGCUGGCUGCCCGCCUGCCUCCCGGUGGCCCUCCGGACCCAUCCGGCCCAUCCUGCGGCCCUGUGGCCCCGACUCGGGCCCUCGCCGGCAGCGUCGGCUGCUGAGCUCGGGCCCCGCUAGUUGCUCUGGGAGAUCGGGUGCCAAGUGGGAACACGUGCCAGCUGGCAGAGGCGCCUGCUGGGCGCCAGACCGGCCUCGGAGGAGACGCGGGCCUGCCCUUGCCUGCCGGGAAGGCGUCGGUAUCUGCUCUGACUCACCUGCACACGGGUGUGGACGGGGCUCAGCUCACCCUGUGGGGCACGAGGGGUGGUGCCCACGGGGCGGCUGCCCCAGAACGACAGACGCCGACCCCCCCCAUGCCACGUCCCAGAGCUCCAGCCUGCUCUGCUCUCCCUGUUCCCAUCUCCCACACCUCUGCCCUCCUCCGGGGGGGGGGGGGGGGGGGCGGGGCUCUGCCCCUUACAGCCCCCGACCCACCAUCUCCCGUGGGUCUCUGCCUCCUCCCCCGCCUCGGCCUGCACCAUCCCCACCUCCUCCACCUGGAGCACCCUCACCUCCUCCUCCUCCACCUGGAGCACCCUCACCUCCUCCUCCUCCUCCACCUGGAGCACCCGCACCUCCUCCUCCUCCUUCACCUGGAGCACCCUCACCUCCUCCUCCUCCUCCACCUGGAGCACCCGCACCUCCUCCUCCUCCUUCACCUGGAGCACCCUCACCUCCUCCUCCUCCACCUGGAGCACUCUCACCUCCUCCUCCUCCACCUGGAGCACUCGCACCUCCUCCUCCUCUGCCCGGAGCACCCGCACCUCCUCCUCCUCCACCUGGAGCACCCUCACCUCCUCCUCCUCCACCUGGAGCACCCGCACCUCCUCCUCCUCCUUCACCUGGAGCACCCUCACCUCCUCCUCCUCCACCUGGAGCACCCUCACCUCCUCCUCCUCCACCUGGAGCACCCGCACCUCCUCCUCCUCUGCCCGGAGCACCUACACCUCCUCCUCCUUCACCUCAAACACCCGCACCUCCUCCUCUUCCUCCACCUGGAGCACCCGCACCUCCUCCUCCUCCACCUGGAGCACUCGCACCUCCUCCUCCUCUGCCCGGAGCACCCGCACCUCCUCCUCCUCUGCCCGGAGCACCUACACCUCCUCCUCCUUCACCUCAAACACCCGCACCUCCUCCUCUUCCUCCACCUGGAGCACCCGCACCUCCUCCUCCUUCACCUGGAGCACCCUCACCUCCUCCUCCUCCUCCACCUGGAGCACCCGCACCUCCUCCUCCUCUGCCCGGAGCACCCGCACCUCCUCCUCCUCUGCCCGGAGCACCUACACCUCCUCCUCCUUCACCUCAAACACCCGCACCUCCUCCUCUUCCUCCACCUGGAGCACCCGCACCUCCUCCUCCUUCACCUGGAGCACCCUCACCUCCUCCUCCUCCUCCACCUGGAGCACCCGCACCUCCUCCUCCUUCACCUGGAGCACUCUCACCUCCUCCUCCUCCUCCACCUGGAGCACCCGCACCUCCUCCUCCUCCACCUGGAGCACCCGCACCUCCUCCUCCAUCAUCUGGAGCACCCGCACCUCCUCCUCCUCCACCUGGAGCACCCGCACCUCCUCCUCCUCCACCUGGAGCACCCGCACCUCCUCCUCCUCCUUCACCUGGAGCACCCGCACCUCCUCCUCCUCCACCUGGAGCACCCUCACCUCCUCCUCCUUCACCUGGAGCACCCUCACCUCCUCCUCCUCCUCCACCUGGAGCACCCACACCUCCUCCUCCUCCACCUGGAGUACCUGCACCUCUCCCUUCUCCUCCACCUGGAGCACCCUCACCUCCUCCUCCACCUGGAGCACCCGCACCUCCUCCUCCUCCUCCACCUGGAGCACCCGCACCUCCUCCUCCUCCUUCACCUGGAGCACCCGCACCUCCUCCUCCUCCUUCACCUGGAGCACCCGCACCUCCUCCUCCUCCUCCUCCACCUGGAGCACCCGCACCUCCUCCUCUUACUCCACCUGGAGCACCCACACCUCCUCCUCCUUCACCUGGAGCACCCACACCUCCUCCUCCUUCACCUGGAGCACCCGCACCUCCUCCUUCUCCACCUGGAGCACCCUCACCUCCUCCUCCGCCACCUGGAGCACCCGCACCUCCUCCUCCGCCACCUGGAGCACCCGCACCUCCUCCUUCUCCACCUGGAGCACCCUCACCUCCUCCUCCUCCACCUGGAGCAUCCGCACCUCCUCCUCCUCCUCCACCUGGAGCACCUGCACCUCCUCCUCCACCUGGAGCACCCGCACCUCCUCCUUCUCUACCUGGAGCACCCUCACCUCCUCCUCCUCCACCUGGAGCACCCUCACCUCCUCCUCCUCCACCUGGAGCACCUGCACCUCCUCCUCCACCUGGAGCACCCACACCUCCUCCUUCUUCACCUGCACCACCACCAUCACCACCAUCUCCAAGCCCCCUGCACCCUCUCCCCCAUCUCCGUCACCACCACCACUACCCUCCUGGCUCUGUUCAGAACCCCUCACUCACUCUCCUGCUUUCCUUUGAUUUGGAAGUUACACGUUUUCUUUCUGUUGCUGUGUCGUUGUGUCAGUUGUCUGGGCCGCUGUGACGAGAUACCAUAGACACGUGGCUUAUCAACAACAGAAACACACUUCUCACUGUUCUGGAGGCCACGGCGGCCCACUUCCUGGUUCUUGGUGUAUCUUCACGUGACAGGGGGUGAUGGAGCUCUUAAGGUCCUUUCAUAAGGACACUAAUCCCACUAACGGGGGCUCCACCCUCAAGACCUAAUCACCCCCCGAAGGCCCCACCUCCCAGUACUGUCACCUUGGCCGCUAGGUUCUGUGCAUGAGUUCUGGGGGACGCAGACAUUCGGCCGGUGGCCGUGCUGUUUACUGUAGUGGUGAGACCCUUGCUUAGCGUCGGGCAUACGUGACCAGAUCGAAGCGUAACCAGCUGCUCUGUGGCCCUGAUGACAGCACCCAAGAGCUCUGACCCCGUGCAUGGUGCUUCCGUCCAGUGGGAAUGUGUGGUCUCUGAUGACGGCUGUUGUCUGUGGCUGUUUUGUCCCCACUCUUGGGUGGGGGGGUAGCUUGGCCGACUAGAAUUCUGGUUGACGGCUGUGUCUCUCACACUUCAGAGAAAGCAUUUCGCUGUUGCUUGGUGUCCUCAAUGGGUGGGAGAGUCACUGUCACAUGCACUGUUGCCCCUCUGGUUUGUCUGCCCCUUCUGGAUGGUUCUGUGACCUUCUCUGCAGAAUAUCUCUGUGGCAUCAAGGAGUGAUUCUGUCUUCUCUUGCUCAAACUCAUGCUUUCUGAAUCUGAGAGAGUGUUUUUGUUGGUUCGGGACCAUUCCUGGCCAUCGGCUCUGACCUUGCCCCUUACACCUCUUUUCUUUUUCCAGAAUUCUGUUCCAUAGACGGGAACUUCUUACGGUUUCCUUCUGUCUCCGGACUUCACGUGUGCUUCCCUAUCGGUUUUCUGAGCUGCCUUUAGGUGGUUAGUUUAGGUCACUGAACCUCCAGCUGAGAGUAGCCUGUCCGUUAUCUGGAAUUUUGGUGAUUGAAUUUUUUGUUUAUAGAAGUUCUGAUUGGUUCUUUGGCUACACCUGCCUGUUUUUCAUAGCGUUGCAGGUUUUGUUUUAGGUUCCUUUGGUUAUAACUUGAAACGUUCGUGUUUUUGGUUUCUUCCCAUUUGCCCCCAAGUUGCUGGGGUCGUGUCCUGCUGAUCUGCUGUGUGGGCUGCGUGUUGUGUCGCUGCUGGGCCCCAGACUGGGAACGAUCACUCCAGAGUAGUUUUGUGAGGGCCUUUGCCAAAUACCCUGGGGUAUCACUAGCCCAGUACCACUUUUUACGUUAAUUUUUGGUGCCCUGACCGUGUAGACCGUGGAAGAACCAAACAACAGGUGCGGACUCUACAUUACGGACCCUCAGAGCUGGGGUGGAGACAGACCGGCUUCCUGGGGCCACCUCUCUGUGGCAGCCACUCCUGCUUCCUCUUCCACGGAGGCUUCCCAGAUGUCCCCUGGCCCUGAGGGCGAGCAGUGUUGAUUCCCAAGGCCCUGCAGACACUUUGGGGGGAGGGGCUGGAUCCGUGUGAUCUGAGGCCUGGGUCUCCGUGGACCAGCUUCUGAGGUCCUGCUCAGGACACGCACAGUGCCUGCAGCUGCGGUGCUGGCCCGGGACCAGAGUCAGCAGCCCCGAGCUGUGGUUCCUGCCCCUGCCUCGGUUGAGUGACGGAGGUGUGUGUCGGGUGGGGCUUGGGCAUGGGUGUUCUGCAAACUCAGUCCUCAGCUGCGGCCAGCUGUCCCCCUGACCACUGAGCCAACAGGAGCUGCUCUCCAGCACAGCAGGCGGGCUUCCAGCCGUCUGGUGUCCACCCCCGCUGGAAGAGGAAGCAGUUCCUGGCCACUUGCCCCUGGGGCGGCGCCCUGGAUGCCUGGGGGUAUCUGGCUGAGCUCAUACUGCUGAGUGAGACCUGGGCCUUGGAGCUGGCCCAGGGAGGCUGUGGGCUCGGCCUUAGGGCCCCGCCACAGGGAGGAGGGCUUAGCUCCAUCAAGAAGGACCCGGGGCUCCAGGCUGACCUGCAGGCAGGGGCCACCUACGCCGCCACUGAGUGCCCUGUCCCAGCCCCCCUGACACGCGUCCUGGGCCCUCCUCCCAUCCUCCGUGGGGGCUGUGCACAGCCCCUGCCAUCUUUCUCCUCGUGUCCCUGUGGGUCCACGGUGGGGCCCCUCCCUCCUGUCUCACGUGUCCC